UAAGGACGGGGUGCCCAUGCCCCCCGCGGGUGCUGGCCAGCAGCAAUGAAAGGGUUAUCCGGCAGCCGCAGUCAUCACCACGGGAUCACCUGUGACGCGGCCUGUGACUCACUGUCCCACCACUCGGACCGCAAGCCCUACCUGCUGAGCCCGGUGGAGCACCACCCCGCCGACCACCCUUACUACACGCAGCGCAACUCCUUCCAGGCCGAGUGCGGAGGCCCCUUCAGCGACCCCCUGGCCAGCAGCACAUUUCCGCGCAGGCACUACGCCUCACAGCAGGAGCUCAAGGGCGAGUGUGCCCUGGUGCCACGCACACUGGCCACCAAGGCGAACCGCAUCCCUGCCAAUCUGCUGGACCAGUUUGAGAGGCAGCUACCCCUCAACCGGGAUGGCUACCACACGCUGCAGUACAAGCGCACCGCCGUGGAGCACCGCAGCGACAGCCCGGGGCGCAUCCGGCACCUGGUCCACUCGGUCCAGAAGCUGUUCACCAAGUCUCACUCCCUGGAGGGGCCGUCUAAGGGCAGCAUCAACGGGGGCAAGGCCAGCCCUGAUGAGACACAGUCCGCGAGGUAUGGCAAGCGCAGCAAGAGCAAGGAGCGGAGGGUGGAGCCCAAAACCCGGUCCAAUGCCACGCCCACCUCCACCUCCUCACCUGGCUGGUGGAGUUCUGAUGACAACCUCGACGGCGACAUGUGCAUCUACCAUGCACCCUCGGGUGUGAUGACUAUGGGCAGGUGCCCCGACCGCUCGACCUCCCAGUACUUCAUGGAGGCCUAUAACACCCUCAGCGAGCAGGCAGUGAAAGCCUCCCGAAGCAACAAUGACGUCAAGUGCUCCACCUGCGCCAACCUGCCCAUGAACCUGGAUGCCCCACUCCUAAAGAAGAGUGCCUGGUCCUCUACUCUCACUGUGAGUCGGGCCCGGGAGGUUUACCAGAAAGCCUCUGUGAACAUGGACCAGGCGAUGGUGAAGUCUGAGUCGUGUCAACAAGAACGCUCCUGCCAGUACCUACAGGUUCCUCAAGAUGAGUGGACGGGGUACACCCCUCGAAGGAAAGACGACGAAAUUCCUUGCCGAAGGAUGCGUAGUGGCAGCUACAUCAAGGCCAUGGGGGACGAAGACAGUGGGGACUCGGACACAAGUCCUAAGCCUUCUCCCAAAGUGGCUGCCCGGAGAGAGAGCUAUCUCAAAGCCACCCAGCCGUCCCUCACAGAGCUCACCACACUCAAGAUCUCCACUGAACACUCGCCCAAGCUCCAGAUCCGCAGUCACAGCUAUCUGAGGGCUGUGAGCGAAGUCUCCAUCAACCGGAGCCUGGACAGCCUGGACCCCGCGGGCCUGCUCACGUCGCCCAAGUUCCGCUCCAGGAAUGAGAGCUACAUGCGCGCCAUGAGCACCAUCAGUCAGGUGAGCGAGAUGGAGGUGAACGGGCAGUUCGAGUCCGUGUGCGAGUCGGUGUUCAGCGAGCUGGAGUCGCAGGCGGUGGAGGCGCUGGACCUGCCGGUGCCCGGCUGCUUCCGCAUGCGGAGCCACAGCUACGUGCGCGCCAUCGAGAAGGGCUGCUCGCAGGACGACGAGUGCGUGUCGCUGCGCUCCGCCUCGCCGCCGCGCACGGCCACCACAGUGCGCACCAUCCAGAGCAGCACCGGUGUCAUUAAACUGAGCUCGGCUGUGGAAGCCCCCGCACAGGCCCUGCGGCCUCCUGUGCCUCUCUGGCCUCAGGCCCAUGACAUCGGCUUCCGCAGGUUCACUCGAUCCAACAGUGUGACCACAGCCGUCCAGGCUGACCUGGACUUCCACGACAACCUGGAGAAUUCUCUGGAAUCCAUAGAGGACAAUUCCUGUCCCGGCCCGAUAGCCCGGCAGUUCUCCCGGGACGCCAGCACCUCCACGGUCAGCAUCCAGGGCUCAGGCAACCACUACCAUGCCUGUGCAGCCGACGACGACUUCGACGCGGAUUUUGACCCAUCGAUUCUGCCCCCUCCCGACCCCUGGAUCGACUCGAUCACGGAGGACCCCCUGGAGGCCGUGCAGCGGUCCGUGUGCCACCGGGACGGCCACUGGUUCUUGAAGCUGCUGCAGGCGGAGCGCGACCGCAUGGAGGGCUGGUGCCAGCAGAUGGAGCGGGAGGAGCGCGAGAACAGCCUUCCCGAGGACAUUCUAGGGAAAAUCCGAACCGCAGUGGGCAGUGCCCAACUUCUCAUGGCCCAGAAAUUCUACCAGUUCAGAGAACUGUGUGAAGAAAACCUGAACCCCAAUGCUCAUCCGAGACCCACCUCCCAGGACCUGGCAGGGUUUUGGGACAUGCUGCAGUUGUCCAUAGAAAAUAUUAGUAUGAAAUUUGAUGAACUCCAUCAGUUGAAGGCCAAUAAUUGGAAACAGAUGGAUCCUCUUGACAAGAAGGAGAGGAGGGCCCCUCCUCCAGUGCCCAAGAAGCCGGCGAGGGGCCCCGCGCCGCCGCUGACCCGGGAGCGCUCGCUGGAGAGCUCGCAGCGCCAGGACGCCCGCAAGCGCCUGCUGGCCGCCAAGCGCGCCGCGUCCGUCCGCCAGAGCUCGGCCACCGAGAGCGCCGAGAGCAUCGAGAUCUACAUCCCCGAGGCGCAGACCCGGCUCUGA